GGGGAAGAAGAAGGAGACGACCAACAGGUAAGACGGUUAUCUUCCCACAAAUCUAGGAGUCUGCUACUCUCAAUCGCCGUAGCCAUGAUCAAACCGUAAAUUCCUCCAAAAUGCCACGCGCCGCUUCUUUCCUCCCUCUCAACUCCUCCUCCGCAACCACUGCUACCACCUACUCCAAGGAUGAAAAGUCCAAAAGACCCUUACUCGCCACUUCGACAUCCAAUGCUCGCCUACCCCUAUUAGUCUUUUGCUUCAUCUCUCUCACCAUCGGCCUCGCCGGGACUAUCUUCGCCGUCUCCGCCCUCCGCCGCCCCCGACCCUUGCCCGUCUUCCGCUGCGGCCGCAUCCAGGACACCUUCCGUGCAUUCUACUCCCUUUCCAAUCCUCAGCCGGAUCUACUCGACCGCCCCAAAGUCCUCGGCUUUGUUGGAAUUCAGACAGGGUUCUCCUCAGCCAACCGCCGAUCUGCUCUCCGGAGCACCUGGUUCCCCUCCGAUCCCGAUGGGCUUCUCCGAUUGGAACAAGCUACUGGUUUAGCCUUUAGGUUCGUGAUUGGAAGGUCCAAAGAUGUGAAGAAGAUGGCAGAGUUGCAGAAAGAGGUGGAGAAGUACAAAGAUUUCAUGCUUAUAGACGUUCGGGAAGAAUACCUAAACCUCCCACACAAAACUUUGGCAUUUUUCAAAGCAGCAUUUGAACUCUUUGAUGCGGAUUAUUAUGUCAAAGCUGAUGACGACAUUUAUUUGCGUCCAGAUCGACUCUCCACCCUUCUAGCUAAGGAGCGAAGUCAUUCGCAAACUUACAUUGGGUGCAUGAAGAAAGGGCCAGUCAUCACUGACCCUAAAAUGAAAUGGUAUGAGAAAUCUGGACAUCUGAUUGGAAAUGAAUACUUCUUGCAUGCUUAUGGUCCUAUAUAUGUUCUAUCUAAGGAGGUGGUAGCUUCAUUGGCAGCUGCUAGAAAUAACAGUUUGAGAAUGUUUAACAAUGAGGAUGUCACUAUUGGAUCGUGGAUGCUUGCCAUGAAUGUCCAUCAUGAAGAUAACCGAGCAAUAUGUGAUCCUCGAUGCACACCAACAUCUAUUGCUGUCUGGGACAUCCCAAAAUGUUCAGGUUUAUGCAACCCAACCAGCAGAUUGAAGGAGCUUCACAAGAUGGGCAUGUGCUCUAAAAGCCCAACGCUGCCACCAGAUGAUAGGUAGUGUCCAUUUGGGCAGAACGUACUCUCCAAAUGCCUCUAAUCACCAAAUGGGCUGCUUCCAUUUUUCGGAUAUUUCAGUUUCUGGAAGAGCAAUCAGAUAGUUUGAAGCUAUCUUCAGAUGCAGUAAAGUUUUCUCAUACCACUCAGUAUCUUACAUUCAACUGUCACUGGAGAAACCAUGCAUUGUAGUUAACCAUUCUGUUCAUCUCCCCCAAGUGACAUGCCAUCUCUCCAUGUGGUUACUUGCAGAACAUUUGGAAUUGUAGAUGGAUAGGGUUUGUAUAUUUUUGAAUUGAAUAGUGUAUCUGAAUUUGUUGGGGCUGCAGAGUGAUUGAUUCUGUAUCUAAAAAUUUGUUUUAACAGGUCAUCUCUGGAUGUUCCUUGGAAAUAAAAUUAUUCUACUAUGCUUUUACAUGGAGUAUAA